UAGUCAUGGCGGCCAAAACAAAGCACAGAGAAAAUGUUUCCUCUGUUUGAACUAGCUAAAAUAUUGAAGUAUGGUGGCUCGGGCAACGGGAGCAGCAGACAGAAUGCAACUGUGAGACGAUGUGCAUGGAAAGAAGUUGGAGAAAUGAGCCAGUUGGCUCUGUACUUUUCAAACGAUUACCUGCUCCUGCGGUACUGUAUCAGAGGGCGCGCCCCAGUAGUACGCCAGAUCCCAUGGCUACCAGAUCAACCCAUUGUGGACCUUUGCUUUGAUGCUACAGGCACAUGGCUGCUGGUGAUCACAGUGAAGACACAUCUCUUCAUCAUCCCUGUGCUCACUUUGAUGAACCCCAGUGCACAUGUGAACCAGCUGUGGAAGACAGAUGAUGUGACAGAGAUCAAACCAGUGCUGGGAAAGGGUGGCCGCAGUCCCACAUGUGUAACCUGGUGGUAUACUCUCAGUGAUCAGCACAUUGCGGUGGUAGGAACACAGGUACGUAUUCAGCAAGAGCUUGAUCUUAAAUAUUGAAAU